AUGGUAUCAGACGUUUUAACUGCACAUCCUGACAAUCCACUCUUCCAGCGUUCUCAAAAUGAAUGGGCUGCCGUCGUGACGAAAUAUCAUGAACUACUCGAAUAUGAUGGAGGUCAGUGUAUCGAACGGUCAGCUUCUGGAUCAAUUCAAGUCGGUUUUGAAAGCUAUUUUGACAACGAUGGUAUCAUUAAUCAAUUUACUCGCUUAUUCAAAAUACUACCGUUUAAGAAAGCUUAUGCAAAACAAAGUUUCAUGUUAUUGUGGGCAAUGCUCCCGAAUACUCGUUGUAAAAUUGAUCAAAUGUCAUACAGUGAUAAAAACGGUAAACAACACACUGUUGACUGCUUCUUCACAACUGGUGAAAACAAAGGACAAUCAAAAGGUCUUCUUAUCUUAGCAAAAGAACUGGGUAUCAGUGUUCCACCUAAAGCAAAAUUAGAAGAAAUAAAACAACUACUGAACGCCCAUGAAGCAUUUAGGAAUAUUUCAAAACUGAAAACAGUUGCCAGAACCUAUGGUAUAGCAAUUAGUUUCUCGCCAAAGUUUCAUUGCGAGUUAAAUCCAAUCGAGGGUUUAUGGGCGCAUUCGAAGCAAUAUAUUAGGCGUCGAACUGACUAA